AUGGGGAGAGCGGCCGCCGCAGGAGAAGGCGCGGGAGGAGCGCGCCGGUGGCUCCCGUGGCUGGGGCUCUGCUUCUGGGCGGCGGGGGCUGCGGCUGCCCGAGGCACUGACAAUGGGGAAGUCCUCCCUGAAUCCAUCCCAUCAGCUCCAGGGACACUGCCUCAUUUCAUAGAGGAGCCAGACGAUGCUUAUAUCAUCAAGAGCAAUCCCAUUGCACUGAGAUGCAAAGCAAGGCCAGCCAUGCAAAUAUUCUUCAAAUGCAAUGGCGAGUGGGUCCAUCAAAAUGAACAUGUCUCUGAGGAGAGUCUGGAUGAGAGUUCAGGCUUGAAGGUCCGGGAGGUGUUUAUCAACGUCACCAGGCAGCAGGUGGAGGACUUCCACGGCCCAGAAGACUAUUGGUGCCAGUGUGUGGCCUGGAGCCACCUGGGGACCUCCAAGAGCAGGAAGGCCUCUGUGCGCAUAGCUUAUUUACGGAAGAACUUCGAACAAGAUCCGCAGGGAAGGGAGGUUCCCAUUGAAGGCAUGAUUGUGCUGCACUGCCGGCCGCCGGAGGGAGUCCCUGCUGCCGAGGUGGAAUGGCUGAAAAAUGAGGAGCCCAUUGACUCAGAACAAGAUGAGAACAUUGACACCAGGGCUGACCAUAACCUGAUCAUCAGGCAGGCGCGGCUCUCAGACUCUGGGAAUUACACCUGCAUGGCAGCCAACAUCGUGGCCAAGAGGAGGAGCCUGUCCGCCACAGUGGUAGUUUAUGUGAAUGGAGGCUGGUCUUCCUGGACAGAGUGGUCAGCCUGCAAUGUUCGCUGUGGUAGAGGAUGGCAGAAACGUUCCCGGACCUGUACCAACCCAGCUCCUCUCAAUGGUGGGGCCUUUUGUGAGGGAAUGUCAGUGCAGAAAAUUACCUGCACUUCUCUUUGUCCUGUGGACGGGAGCUGGGAAGUGUGGAGCGAAUGGUCAGUCUGCAGCCCAGAGUGUGAGCAUCUGCGGAUCCGAGAGUGCACAGCACCACCCCCAAGGAACGGGGGCAAAUUCUGUGAAGGGCUAAGCCAGGAAUCUGAAAACUGCACAGAUGGCCUCUGCAUUCUAGAUAAAAAACCUCUUCAUGAGAUAAAACCCCAAAGCAUUGAGAAUGCCAGCGACAUUGCUUUGUACUCGGGCUUGGGUGCUGCAGUCGUGGCUGUUGCAGUCCUCGUCAUUGGUGUCACCCUUUAUAGACGGAGCCAGAGUGACUAUGGUGUGGACGUCAUUGACUCUUCUGCAUUGACAGGUGGCUUCCAGACCUUCAACUUCAAAACAGUCCGUCAAGGUAACUCCCUGCUCCUGAAUUCCUCCAUGCAGCCAGACCUGACCGUGAGUCGAACCUACAGCGGACCCAUCUGUCUACAGGACCCUCUGGACAAGGAACUCAUGACCGAGUCUUCACUCUUCAACCCUUUGUCAGACAUCAAAGUCAAAGUUCAGAGCUCGUUCAUGGUUUCGCUGGGAGUGUCUGAGAGAGCUGAGUACCAUGGCAAGAACCAUUCCGGGACCUUUCCCCAUGGAAACAACCGCAGCUUCAGUACAGUGCAUCCCAGAAAUAAAACACCCUACCUCCAAAACCUGUCAUCGCUCCCCACAAGGACGGAACUGAGGACAACUGGUGUCUUUGGCCAUUUAGGAGGACGCUUAGUAAUGCCAAAUACAGGGGUGAGUUUACUCAUACCACAUGGCGCCAUCCCAGAGGAGAAUUCUUGGGAGAUUUAUAUGUCCAUCAACCAAGGUGAACCCAGCCUCCAGUCCGAUGGAUCCGAGGUGCUCCUGAGUCCUGAAGUCACCUGCGGUCCCCCAGACAUGAUUGUCACCACGCCCUUUGCAUUGACCAUACCACACUGUGCAGAUGUCAGUUCUGAGCACUGGAAUAUCCAUUUAAAGAAGAGGACACAGCAGGGCACGUGGGAGGAGGUGAUGUCAGUGGAGGAUGAAUCCACAUCCUGUUACUGCCUGUUGGAUCCCUUUGCAUGUCAUGUGCUCCUAGACAGUUUUGGGACAUAUGCCCUCACUGGAGAACCAAUCACAGACUGUGCCGUGAAGCAACUCAAGGUGGCAGUUUUCGGCUGCAUGUCCUGCAACUCCCUGGAUUACAACCUGAGAGUCUACUGUGUGGACAAUACUCCUUGUGCAUUUCAGGAAGUGGUGUCAGAUGAAAGGCAUCAAGGUGGACAGCUACUGGAAGAACCAAAGUUGCUGCAUUUCAAAGGGAAUACCUUUAGUCUUCAGAUCUCUGUCCUUGAUAUCCCCCCAUUCCUCUGGAGAAUUAAACCAUUCACUGCUUGCCAGGAAGUCCCAUUCUCCCGCGUGUGGUGCAGCAACCGGCAGCCCCUGCACUGUGCCUUCUCCCUGGAGCGCUACACGCCCACCACCACCCAGCUGUCCUGCAAAAUCUGCAUCCGGCAGCUCAAAGGCCAUGAACAGAUCCUCCAAGUGCAGACAUCAAUCCUAGAGAGUGAAAGAGAAACCAUCACUUUCUUUGCACAAGAGGACAGCACUUUCCCUGCACAGACUGGCCCCAGAGCCUUCAAAAUCCCCUACUCUAUCAGACAGCGGAUCUGUGCUACAUUUGACACCCCCAAUGCCAAAGGCAAGGACUGGCAGAUGUUAGCACAGAAAAACAGCAUCAACAGGAAUUUAUCUUAUUUUGCUACACAAAGUAGCCCAUCUGCUGUCAUUUUGAACCUGUGGGAAGCUCGGCAUCAGCAUGAUGGUGACCUUGACUCCCUGGCCUGUGCCCUUGAAGAGAUUGGGAGGACACACACGAAACUCUCAAACAUUACGGAAUCCCAGCUUGAUGAAGCCGACUUCAACUACAGCAGGCAAAAUGGACUCUAGUCCACUUCCUCUCAAGAGACAGAGUGACGGUCAGCUUCGGGACACAUGCUUUAAAUGGAAGGAGGAGGCAGCUUUCUGCCAGUGGUACUUGGGGAAUUCAGCCUUCAUUUAUAACCAGUGAGAAUCUCUGGUUGAAGAAACUGAAUUUAAUAUAGGUAAAAUAUAUUAGUAGGGAAAAGUACAAGCUCUCUUAAACAAAAGAGGGCUCUACUGUCCUCCGAAUCCAUAAUUGGGUUAACACUUGAUGAACUUCUCAGAUUUAAGAUGGUAAAGGAUAAAAGUAAGGGCAUAACUAGACUGAAGUAAUUGGUAAAAGAUGAGCUACAAUAAAGGCAGAGAAUA